CGAGGAUUUAAGCGGGCCCGCCGGAAUGGUGAGGGCUUUCUGAGACUGACAGAUUUCAAAACUUGACGGGUUUCGGGUUUCGCAGAGAUGAACUCUGAAGUGGAUUACGGAGGCUCCGGGAGCAGCGGCAACGGGAAGCUGCGCCAGUGGCUCAUCGAGCAGGUGGACUGCGGGAAGUAUCCCGGCCUGGUGUGGGAGAACGACGAGAAGACCAUCUUUAGGAUACCAUGGAAACACGCCGGGAAGCAGGACUACAACCGGGAUGAGGAUGCCGCGCUUUUCAAGGCAUGGGCGCUGUUCAAGGGCAAGUUUCGGGAGGGGAUCGACAAGCCGGACCCUCCGACCUGGAAGACGCGCCUGCGCUGCGCCCUCAACAAGAGCAACGACUUCGAGGAGCUGGUGGAGAGAAGCCAGCUGGACAUCUCUGACCCUUACAAAGUGUACCGAAUCAUCCCGGAGGGGGCAAAGAAAAGGCCCAGACCGGAGGACAGUCCCCUGAGCCCAGUCAGCUAUCAGAUGCACCAUCCAUACCCUCCUGCACCUACUCAGAUGCCACAGUACAUGCCGAGCUCUGAAUGCAGUUGGAGGGAUUACUGCUCGGAGCAGCCGUCCCUGCCCGACCUGCCCUUUACUCAGUGCCCCUGUCCGCCCCGCAGCCUGCCAUGGCAGACCCCAUCCAUGGAGAACGGAUACCAGCUCAGAGCUUCCAUCUACUCCUACGGCCCCACAGACAGUCAGCCCUCGCCCUUCCCGCUGGACGCCAGCAUCAGAUCAGCAGAGGCGCUCUCAGACUUCCGCCUCCAUGUGUCGGUGUACGUACGGGACACUCUGGUGAGGGAGUUGACCACCUCCAGUCCGGAGGGCUGCCACAUCACGCCGAGCCCACCAGAGAAGCCCUACCUCUCGGGUGGUCCCGACGUGGUGCCGCUGCCUGUGGACACCCAAAGGAGGGUGGACGAGUGCCCGCCGAGUCCGCCGACCGGCCUGGAGAGCGGCGUCCUGCUGUGGAUGGGCGCUGACGGACUCUACGCCCGCAGGAUGUGCCAGAGCAGAGUGUACUGGCAGGGCGGCCCUUCAAUGUACGGAAACAAGCCCAACAAGCUGGAGAGAGACAUUGUCUGUAAACUUCUACAUACACAGGACUACCUUACAGAGAUCCAGAGUUACGGGCUCCACGGUCGGCCACUAAGUCGCUUCCAGGUCCUGCUGAGCUUUGGAGACGAAUGUCUAGAUCCUCAGAGGCAAAGGCGAACCCUCACAGUCCAGGUGGAGCCGCUAUUCGCCAGGCAGUUCCUGUUCUAUGCCCAGCAGACUGGUGGCCACUACUACCGCGGCUACGAGCAUCCCACAGUUACGGAGCAUAUAAACGCCACCGAGGACUAUCCGAGAGCGAUCACGCAUCACCACAGCAGCAGCCUGCAGGAGUGAACCGUGAGCGGUUUGAGUGACUGUGAAAAACUUCGUGAAGCAACAGAAGCAUUUAAAAAAAAAUAAAAAUAAUACUUGGCCGUGAAAUCUCAGGGACAAACAUGGACAACUGUGUACAUAAACUGAAUAUUUAGUUAGCCUCUGUUUACUUAGUUUUCGAUUCUGUGUAUUAGCGUGUGACUGAAUACGUGUUGGUGUGAUAAAACCAAAAAUUGCGGCGCCGUUUUAUUUUAACCACACAUUAUUUGUUUUAGGAAAUUGAAACUGACAGCGGAGGUGAUUGUACUAAUGAACAAAAAAGACUUUUGUGCCUUAAAUGAAUAGCACAAAGCAUAAAUUUUGUUUUGUAAGGUCAUAAAUCUAUCCUGAGAUCCACGACGUGACUAGCACUCGACUAGCUUAGCGUAAAAUUGGAAGCAAGAAAGAAGGUCUGGCCUGCUUAGAUCUCCAGCAAAAUCCACCAAAGAGCUACCAAAUGGUUGAUUUUUUAGUUAGAACAAAAAAAAAAAAGUAUUGCUUUCUUGUUGGGCCAAAAUUUCAUUUUCUGUUAGUUUGCAACUGCAUCUAACUCACAUUUUGCAAUUACAGUGUGAAACUGAGUAUUAUCGUCAACAAGAUUUUAAAUGUGUACCUUUAAGCCUUAAACAAGUUGGAAGGUUUUUUUUUUAACUGAUUACAAAAGGUCAGUUUUGCAAAUUUUUAUGAGUAAGCUUACUGGCUCUACUUUUGUAUUUUAUUUACAUGAGAAAAAACAUACAUUCUGUCUGUACAACUAAAUAUGAGCUGGGGUAAGAAGCUGCAAGAUUUUUUUAUUUUAUUUAACAAACCUCUUGUAAAUAGGAAUUUUUGCUACAUAUAUAUAUAUUUUUUUUUGCUAGUUGACACUAUUACUACUGUUUGUAUAAGAAACUCAGGGAGCUGAAUGUAGAUAAGCUUCUUAACUUUUACUUUGUAUCAAAUGUUUCG